AUGCGGAAUAUCACCAUAUCUUUGGAGGAACCACUCACACAAACAUACAUGGCGCAUGCAGCGUUGCUUGCUGUUAAACUACUGGCCUUGAGCCCCAUUGCAGCCUUCACAUGGGUUAAUAAAGGUCUGUUCCCAAACACUGAUAUCAUUCGAAGAGCAUAUCUAUCAGAGCUAAAGAACUUGGCUCCCUUUUGGAUUGUUGGUGCAUUGUAUGUGACUACUGGGCCAUCGGUUCCGCUAGGCAAAACUCUCAUUAGAGCAUAUACUAUAUCUAGGGUCUGUGUGGUACUUGGAUACGCUACAAAACCCAUUCCAGCCCUAAUUUCCGACCUAGCUCUUAUUACGUCAUACUUUAUUAACUCUUAUAUGUCUGUGUGUGUUAUUUAUAAGUACAAAGAUUGUUUAUAUCGGUUUGUUUCAUUUAAUACUUUUAAACUAGUUUCUGGCUCUGUUCGUUGCCAAAAUGUAGGAGUUCAUUGGAUCGUUCAUUCAAGCAUAGCAAGUUUAAAUAACAUUUAA